AUGGCGUUGUCAACGAAUUUUCCGCAUAACAAGAAACGAACCCUUUACGUUGGUGGUUUCGGUGAAGAAGUGGACGAGAAGGUUCUGAAUGCCGGAUUUCUGCCGUUCGGUGAGAUCGUUGGUAUAUCGAUACCGAUGGAUUACGAAACUGGAAAGCACCGAGGUUUUGGAUUUGUUGAAUUCGAGUUGGCAGAAGAUGCAGCCGCCGCCAUUGACAAUAUGAAUGAUUCGGAAAUGUUCGGACGGACGAUACGAUGUAACUUCGCGCGUCCACCGAAGGCGAACGAACGAAGUCAACGACCGUAUGGCACGGGUGCACAUGGACAAGGCGAGGCAGUUGAAGCAGAUGAGGAGGCUGGUCCAUCAAUUGGUGCCACAAAACCAAAAUUGCCUCGAGUAUAUUUUGGUAUCCGAAUCGGAAUAAGGUACAUCGGUCGUAUUGUCAUUGAAUUACGUUCCGAUGUUGUACCGAAGACAGCCGAAAAUUUUCGACAGCUUUGCACGGGUGAAAAAGGAUUUGGAUAUGAAGGUUCACAUAUCCAUCGAAUCAUCCCACAGUUUAUGAUACAAGGAGGUGAUUUCACAAGAGCUGAUGGAACCGGUGGGAAGUCAAUUUAUGGUGCAAAAUUCCCAGAUGAAAACUUCAAGGUGACAAUUGUUGAAUGCGGUGAAAUUAAACAGCAGCAGGAGAAAGCAAGCGAAGCAGUUCCGGAGCAGGAGAAAACAGACGAAGCAGUUCCGGAGCAGGAGAAAACANUAUUGUUAUGA